AUGUUAGUACCUGUAUUCAUUUGGAUUGCAAUUAUUUUAUUUAUGUGGAAAAAUCUUCGAUCACAUUGGCGUAAAAUUAUCGUACCAUUGGCAACUGCGAAGCAUUGUGAAGUGAGCGGUAAUCUACUAAACGUGAAAAACGAAAUUAUGACAAUGCCAGCAUGGGACGGCGUUCUGGAAGCUCGAUUCGAACAGACAACCCAAUCAGAGCGUGACGAAAUUAAAUGGUCGCCAGAGGAGGAAGCGGUUGAAAUACAAAAUCAGCAAGAAAAUAAGAAAAUCACGCAAAAGUGA